AUCAGCUGUUUUCUGUUGUGGGCAAUCGUUGUUGCUGCGCCGUGAAAAUUACGCAUAAAUGAAAAAGUGAAUUGCCAGCAAGAAAAUGGACCAGCCCGAUGACCAUUUCCGCUACAUACACAGCUCCUCGCUCCACGAACGUGUGCAAAUCAAAGUUGGGACGCUCGAGGGGAAGAAGCGCCAGCCGGACUAUGAGAAACUAUUGGAGGACCCGAUCCUUAGAUUCUCCGGCCUGUACUCCGAGGAGCACCCCUCGUUCCAGGUGCGCCUGCAGGUGUUCAACCAGGGCAGGCCCUACUGCCUCCCAGUGACCAGCGCCUACAAGGCGUUCGGAAAGAGAUGGAGCUGGAACGAGUGGGUCACAUUGCCGCUGCAGUUCUCCGAUCUGCCGAGGAGCGCCAUGCUGGUGCUGACCAUCCUGGACUGCUCGGGCGCCGGCCAGACCACCGUCAUCGGAGGCACCGCCAUUUCGGUGUUCGGCAAGGACGGCAUGUUCCGCCAGGGGAUGUACGAUCUGCGCGUCUGGCUGGGCGUCGAGGGCGAUGGCAACUUCCCCAGUCGCACGCCCGGCAAGGGCAAGGAGUCCUCCAAGUCGCAGAUGCAGCGCCUCGGCAAGUUGGCCAAGAAGCACCGCAACGGCCAGGUGCAGAAGGUGGACUGGCUGGACCGGCUCACGUUCCGCGAGAUCGAGGUGAUCAACGAGCGGGAGAAGCGCAUGUCCGACUAUAUGUUCCUCAUGAUCGAGUUUCCCGCCAUUGUGGUGGAUGAUAUGUACAAUUAUACAGUGGUCUACUUCGAACCGGAGGGCGAUGUCAAAUAUAAGCUGCCAGCCAAGCCGAAGUUGGUCUCCGUGCCAGAUUCGGAGAUUCAAAUGGAAAACCUGGUGGAGAGAAAGCACCAUCGCCUGGCCCGUUCAGAGCGUUCGGGAAUCUCGGAUAGAGAUGCCAAGCCCACAGCAAGCAUUCGCGAUCAGCUUCACACCAUUGUUUACAGGUAUCCGCCGACCUAUGUACUUAGUAGCGAGGAACAGGACUUGGUGUGGAAGUUCCGGUUUUAUCUCUCCUCGCACAAAAAGGCGCUGACCAAGUUCCUGAAGUGCAUCAACUGGAAGUUGGAGGACGAAGUUACUCAAGCGCUUUGGAUGUUGGCCAACUGGGCGCCCAUGGACGUAGAGGAUGCCCUGGAGCUACUGAGUCCCACUUUUACGCAUCCUCAAGUGCGAAAGUAUGCCGUCAGUCGAUUGGCCCAGGCUCCCGAUGAGGAUUUGCUGCUCUACCUGCUUCAGUUGGUUCAAGCUCUCAAGUACGAGGAUCCACGGCACAUUGUCCACCUGCAUGGCUGCAUCUUUCCCGAACGGGAUGUGGUGCGAUCCAUCUUGGAUGACAAUGGCUCACUGCUGGAUCAGAGCAGCUUGUCCGACCUGAGUGCCGCCAGCAGUGGACUCCAUGCCUCGGUGAUACCAGCUAAUCAGCGGGCAGCAAGUGUUUUGGCCGCCAUCAAGGGCGAUAAGUCAGUGAGUCCCGGCUCAGCGGGUGGCAGUGGCGGACAGGGAUCGGUGGCGCUUCCGGGUCCCUCUGCUCCGGCCACUCCCGGCAGCAGCUCCCUGCCCUGCGACUCCAAUUCCAAUGCCCUCAUGCUGGCCGAGGGCAUCAGCUUCGGCAGUGUUCCGGCCAAUCUCUGCACAUUCCUUAUUCAGCGUGCCUGCACCAAUGCCACGCUGGCCAACUACUUCUACUGGUACUUGUCCAUCGAGGUGGAGGAGGUGGAGUCGGUGAGAAAGCAGGACGAGAGGGCCCACGACAUGUACGCCAUGGUGCUCAAGAUGUUCCUCAAGGUGCUGGAGAAUGGCAACUUCAACCUUCGAGGAAUCUUCUACAACCUCCGGAAGCAGCGCCGCUUCAUCGAUGAGCUGGUAAAGCUGGUGAAACUUGUGGCCAAGGAGCCGGGAAACCGCAAUAAGAAGACGGAGAAGUUCCAGAAGUUGCUGGCCGAACAGGACAUGUUCAAGGUGAACUUUACCAACUUUGAGCCAAUUCCAUUUCCCUUGGAUCCAGAGAUCUACAUCACCAAAAUUGUACCCAUGCGCACUUCGCUUUUCAAGAGUGCUCUAAUGCCGGCCAAACUCACCUUUGUCACCUCGAUUGCCCAUCACGAGUACGCCGCCAUUUUCAAGCACGGCGAUGAUCUUCGUCAGGAUCAGCUCAUCCUGCAGAUGAUCACUUUGAUGGACAAGCUGUUGCGGCGGGAGAACCUCGAUCUGAAAUUGACUCCAUACAAAGUGCUGGCCACCAGUUCGAAGCAUGGUUUCCUGCAGUACGUCGACUCGUGCACGGUGGCAGAGGUCCUGGCGCGCGAGGGCAACAUCCACAACUUCUUCCGUAAACACCAUCCGUGCGACAAUGGCCCAUAUGGAAUUUCGGCGGAGGUCAUGGACACCUACAUCAAGAGCUGUGCGGGCUACUGUGUGAUCACAUAUUUGCUGGGCGUUGGCGAUCGUCACUUGGACAAUCUGCUACUGACCACCAACGGCAAGCUCUUCCACAUCGAUUUCGGCUACAUUCUGGGACGCGAUCCCAAGCCCAUGCCGCCGCCCAUGAAGCUGAGCAAGGAAAUGGUGGAGGCGAUGGGCGGUAUUAGUUCGGAGCACCACCAUGAGUUCCGCAAGCAGUGCUACACGGCGUAUUUGCAUUUGCGUCGGCAUGCCAACGUAAUGCUUAACUUAUUCUCCCUGAUGGUGGAUGCCACUGUUCCGGAUAUCGCUCUCGAGCCCGACAAGGCUGUCAAGAAGGUGGAAGAGAACCUGCAGCUUGGUCUGACCGAUGAGGAGGCCGUACAGCAUUUGCAGAGCCUGCUGGAUGUGUCCAUUACGGCCGUAAUGCCGGCGCUUGUAGAGCAGAUCCAUCGAUUCACCCAGUACUGGCGGAAGUAA